GCUUUUUUAUGCGUGCACCAUGGCAUUUACUUCUAAGGGCCGACGCUGUUUUAUGGAUCACGCACAACAUGAAAGACAAAUAUAUUUCCGGCUUAAAAUAAACGCAUAGGGCUACGUUCUAUCUACGCUCCAGGUGCUACUAAUGUCAAACUUGACAUACGUUCCAUACAUUUAUGUUAGAAUUGAAACUUUGGGGUUAAAAGUUGCACUCAGAGUGUAGAUUUUGAACGCAACUCAGCUCAGUCAGUGUUGUUUGUUCAUUAUCAUCCAUUUCCCUAAUCUGUGGUGGUUGUACUGUUGUUGAUUUGCUAUCGCGUUGAUAGGUAUGUCUACCUAAGGUGUACUUGCAUUCCAUCAAAAGAUAAUUUUUCUGAUACUCCUUUUGUUAAAUCCUUACAUAAAAUUAAACAAUAUUAUAUUCAUACGUUCUACUAAAUAGCAAUUUACCUUGGUAAAAUAACAUCGUAACAUGAUUAAGUUAAUUUAAUUUACUGACAAACGGAGGAGAUAGAACGGAAUGUCUGAUUAAGGUUUAAAAUUAGUAUUCAAUUAGUGUUCCUUACAAACAACUGCUGGCCAAAGGUAUGUAUCUAGAACUUGUCCUUAUUCACUUGCAUAUUAUGGUAAUUGUACUUCAAAUAGUGUGUUUUAUAAGGUGCCUGCUAUAUCAAUCAAUGGAAAGUGCUUUCGUUGGUAUUCCGUUUUUCCUAUAGGUGUAUUAACGCUAAGUUAUUUUUAUGAAUUGUGUAAUGCUAAUGAUAAAGUGAAAAUGAAUUGGAUUUAUCUUCCAUGGUUUGUUUCAUGUAGGUGGUAUGGUAUGUUUUCAUUGCUUUCAGGUACCUAAAUUAAUAGUAACAGUUAAAAUGUUUUCUAAGAAAAAAAAGAAGCCACUUAUCUCGCCACCAAGUAACUUUGAACACCGAGUCCAUACUGGAUUCGACAAGAGGGAAGGUAAAUUUGUGGGUCUACCAUUACAAUGGGCAUCUCUUGUUGGCAAUAAUCAGAUAUUGAAAUCAACUAACAGACCAUUGCCAUUGGUUGAUCCUUCAGAAAUAACACCUACUGAAAUAUUAGAUUUAAAGACAGUUGUAAGAGGUGACCAUAAAAUAACUUCUGUAUCUUCAAUAAGUAGACCCACCUCAACAAAUGUUCCCAGAUUACCAGUGCAAAAUGGUGUUAUAUUGCCAAAGACAUCAAAUGUUGCAAGAUCAAAUUCAUUAAGAAGUUCCAGUCCUCCAAGGAUUCGAAGAGAAUUAAGGAAUCAGGCGAAUGUCCCACCAGCUGUGCCUGAGGAGUCACCACCAGUGCCACCAGCCCCUCAACAGUACCCCAGUAUACAAAGAGAGCAAAGUACUUACAGUAUGAAUAAACAGAUUCCAGAAUCACCUGUGGAUUGGACCCAACAUUCUCAUGAAGCUACUGUCAGAGCUAUUCCAGAGAUGAAUGACAAUCAUCGGGUCACAAUGACAUAUCAGAAUAUUCAGAAUGCUAAUGUGCCUUAUCAACAUAAUCACCCUCCACAACCAGUGGUUCAUGGAAUGCAUCAGGGUCUCAAUGGAAAUAAUAUAAUUAUGAAUGAGGGUUAUCCAAUGCCGAGACAUCAGCAUAACAUGACAGUUGCAGCUGCUUCACAUUUACCACUUGCAGCAUCGAAACACGAACUUCGACUGACCCACGAACAGUUCCGAGCGGCUCUCUGCCUGGUGGUGAGCGAAGGCGAUCCUCGCGCCACGCUGACCGGCUUCAGCAAGAUCGGUGAAGGGAGCACGGGCGUGGUCUGCGCCGCCACCGAGAAGGAGACCGGCCGCCGCGUCGCCGUCAAGAUGAUGAACUUGAGGAAGCAACAGCGCCGCGAGCUACUCUUCAACGAAGUGGUUAUAAUGCGCGACUACCCUCACCCGAACAUAGUAGAGAUGCACGCUUCGUACCUCGUCGGCGACGAACUCUGGGUGGUGAUGGAGUACAUGGCCGGGGGUGCGUUGACUGACAUAGUGACCAGGCACGCGGCCCGGAUGGAGCCCGAGCAGAUCGCUACUGUGUGCAAGCAAUGUUUGAAGGCGUUGGCGUUUUUGCAUGCUCAAGGCGUAAUUCACAGAGACAUAAAGUCAGACUCAAUCCUGAUGACGGCGGACGGUCGUGUGAAAUUGUCCGAUUUCGGUUUUUGUGCUCAAGUCUCUCAGGAACUACCAAAGCGUAAAUCCCUCGUGGGCACUCCGUAUUGGAUGUCUCCGGAGGUGAUAUCGAGGUUGCCAUACGGCCCUGAAGUGGACGUGUGGUCUCUAGGGAUCAUGGUCGUCGAAAUGGUGGACGGUGAACCGCCUUUCUUCAAUGAACCACCACUACAGGCGAUGCGUCGUAUCCGCGACAUGCCUCCACCGCGGCCGCGUUGUGCCUCCCGCUGCCCGCCGGACCUGAUAUCGUUCAUAGAGUGCGCUUUAGUGCGAGACCCGGCGCAGAGACAAUCCGCCGCCCGGCUACUGCACCACCCGUUCCUGCGGCGCGCCGGGCCGCCCGCGCUCCUCGUGCCGCUCAUGCCCCGCGGCGCUGAGUGAGUACACUCCCCCCACGCAGCACGCAGCCGGCCCCAGGUUGCUACACCACCCGUUCCUGCGGCGCGCCGGGCCGCCCGCGCUCCUCGUGCCGCUCAUGCCCCGCGGCGCUGAGUGAGUACACUCCCCC